AUGGCUUCUCUUCCUUCCUCCAUGAUAUCUUCAUCAGAGGCAGGUGCAGGCCCUUCUGCUUCAUCAAGGGGUGUGUCAUCAUCUGAAAUGGAGUCGAAUAUCCCAUCCCCUACAUUAGCAAUGACCUCUCUUCCUUCGCCCAAACUAUCUUCAUCCGAGGCAAGUGCAGGUACUUAUGCUUCCUCAAGGGGUGUGUCAUCAUCUGUGUUGGCAUCGAGUUCCGAAUCACCUAUAAUAGCAAUGACCUCUCUUCCUUCGGCCAUAAUAUGUUCAUCCGAGGCAAGUGGAGGUACUUCUGCUUCCUCAAGGGGUGUGUCAUCAUCUGAAAUUGCAACGAGUUCACAAUCACAUACUUUAGCAAUGACCUCCGUUCCUACCAUCAUCAUUUUGUCUUCAGAGGCAAGUGCAGGUACUUAUGCUUCCUCAAUGGGAGUGUCAUUAUAUGGAAUGGGGUCGAAUUCCCCGUCACCUACGUUAGGAAUGACCUCCGUUGAAAGGAGCACGAUGUCGUCAUCAGAGGCAAGUGCAGGUACUUAUUCCUCCUCGAGAGGAGAGCCAGCAUCUGAAUCAUUGCCCAGUUCAUCAUCAACCCUCCCAUUGUAUGUUCCCGCUUCUAGUUUGUCGUCAGGGGCAUAUCUUCUUCCCUCACAAAGCUCAGUGAAUCAAAUAUUAUCUACCCAUCCAACAAAAUCUCCAUUGGGAUCAAACUCUUUUACAUCUUUCCUCCCAACACCAACAUCCAGCCGGAUGUCGCUCCCUGCUGCUGUCACUUCCAGCCUCCUAUCAACGGCUAUUACUAGUUUGCCCUCAGCAUCCGCGUUGCUGUCAGACAUAAUCUCCCCUUCCUCCUCUCUGCUUUCGCCUGGUCAGCCAACAGCAAUACCAGGAACCUACAAGCAAGAACCAACGACUGAAGGAACAACGAUCACUACAACAAUACCAGGAGUUGCACCAAGCAUUUCAAAUCCCAGUCAGAACGUCAAUGCAUUUUUCGGGGAAAACGUCAUCCUGUCAUGUGAUGUCACAGGAGUGCCUCAGCCCAGUGUCAUGUGGUACUAUAACACACAGGAUAUUUACAAUGCCAAGCCUAACGGAAACAACUUAAGCCUUGCGUACGUAACUAACGACAACACUGGCGACUACACGUGUGUGGCUGAGAACUCAGUUGGUGUGGCUAAUGGAACAAUACAUGUACAGAUAAACAAGCCGAUAACAAUUUCUGUGGAGAAGCCAAUAGUUGUCCUGGAGCCUGACAGUGUUACACAGUUGUUGUGUAAAACGAAAGUUAAACCGCCUCCUAAAUUUACUUGGAGCAAAUAUGGCGGAGGACUGGACCUACCUACCGACCCAACAAUUGUAGAUUUUGGAGACGGGGAGAUGCUACUGACAGGCGUCAACAACAAAAAUAUUCAACAGUAUGAAGGAAUAUACAUCUGCCACGCUGAUAAUGGUGUAUCUACAAAUGAGGCAUACCUGGUUGUUGCUGGUAAUACUACCAAGACACUGGGCAAUAGUUACAAGUUUAGUGACAUUGGCAUGCAACCUGGAGAGGCUUUUCAUGCCAUGUGUGUUCCUGGGACUGUGGACGCUGAGGGUUUAUCACUGACAACCACAUUUGCAUCUACUGACUCUAUUUGUGAUUCAGCCAGGAAGGUUAGUGUUCUCGCUAAAGACGCUGGACCUGUCACGUGGUUUAUAAGGCUCGAUGGCAAGGCAGAGUUUGUGAACGAGACGAAAGGAGCAGUAUUGUCCACUGACGCUCCAACUGCACGAGAUGUACCAAUGUCACAACUAUCCAACAAAGCAACUGCAGUCAAAGCACCUCUCACCUGUGAAACAUGUUCCGGUCCUCACUGCGGUAUGGUUCCUGGACCAGACACCCAAUGUCCCAGUAUGACAUCAUUCUGCAUGACCACUAUCAACACCAGGGCUGACGGAAGGAAGUCAGUUACUAAAAGUUGUGUCUCAGCCAGCGACUGUGAGACGAAAUGGUGGCAGCUAACAUCUACUGAGGCCAAAUGUAUGACACCUGUGCCAGGAAACCCAGACAACGAAGACUUCACCUGCAGCUACUGCUGCACAGACUCGGGGUGUAACAAGGACGGGGUACCCAAGAAGGACACACUGUACAAAGGGAAUAUAUAGUCAUAGAGAGAACGACAUGUGAUAUAAGGAAGCAUGGGAAUAUGUAUGUGUAAUAGAAUAUCUUCUUCUUGAGGCGAAGGUUCAAUAAAACAAAACAAUGCCAGCUGCUUCUGUGGACAUGCCAAUGUGAAUAUCGCAAUAUGAAUAUCGCAUCAAACGUAUAACUUAGGACAUGCAUGUGACAUUAUUGGGACAUCUUUAGUAUAUAUAUGCAAUGAAGAGAUAAUAGUUGACGACCUUACUUUCAUUUUUUUCAAAUGCAUAUGAACAAGUUGUGUAGUAAAAAUAAAUCUCUUUGAUCAAUU